AUGCUGCCGGCUCUCCUUCUCAUAACCUUCAUGCCAAUGGCAGCUGCCCUUGGACGUACACAAUCUGUUGGUGUCAAAGGAGUGCUUAUAUGUAAUGAUAAGCCGGCAGCCGAUGUGCAGGUCAAGCUCUAUGAUGAAGACAAGCUGAGCCCAGACGAGCUGAUGGCUUCCGGAAAGACUGACAGUAGCGGUCACUUUGAGAUUAGUGGACAUGCUGAAGAAUUCACAACAAUAGAACCAAAACUUAACAUUUACCACGACUGUGACGACGGCAUCAUGGUGAGUUGCCUUCGCUUGUGGUCCUUUAACGCUUCUCCUUUCUUAUCUUUUGAUAUAGUUGGGUGA